ACCGGACACGCCGCCAUGUACGGCAUGCUACUCGAGAGUGUGCAGCACUAUCUCCAGCUGGAGUAUGGAGAUGAUGCGUGGGCUGCUUUUCUGUCAGGGGCCGGCUGCCCCAACACAGUUUAUUCCACCCAUCAGGAGUACGCUGACAGCACUAUGCGGGCCCUUGCGCGCGCCGCUGCGGACGCUGUGCGCGACGGCCUGGUACCUCUUCGCCUGCUGCCCCAGAACGGUCAGUCGGACUGGAGUGACACUCCGUCGGAGAUAAUGUCCCACAGACUAGUUUUGGCAGCCACUUCGCAAAUUUACAAAUAUCAAAAUACAUUAGUGGGACGAUUUAAGUUCAACGCGGGUAUGGGCCGCUGGCCCGUGACGGAGGACGACUUCAUGACGUUCUUCGGCCGGUGCUUCGUCCGAUUCUUCAGCAACUUCGGGUACGACGACCUGAUCCGCGCGGCCGGCCGCCACUUCUGCGACUUCCUCGGCGGCGUGGACAACAUCCACCAGCAGAUCCGCUUCUCGUACCCCAAGAUGAAGAGCCCCUCCAUGUUCCUGGCGGAGCGCGACGCGGACGGCGCCGUGCUGGUGUACCGCAGCAAGCGCCAGGGCUUCCUGCCCUACUUCAUCGGCCAGCUUCAGCAGAUCGCGGAGACGUUCUUCCACACGCCGCUGCAGAUCAAGGUGGUGUCCGUGCUGGAGUGGGACGAGAACGACGCCACGGAGGUGGAGCACCGCACCGAGGCGCGCCUGCGACUCGACUUCGACAACAGGGCCUACAUGGCCUCGCGCUCCAACCUGGAGGGACUGCGGUCGAGCGCCGACCGCCGCAUGCCGCCCGUGCACGCCGGCCUCCUCAUGGACCUGUUCCCCUUCGGCGCGCUGCUGCAGAGCGCCCCGGACGGCAGCGCGUUGGUGCUGCAGCAGGCCGGGGAGAAGCUCCUGGACGUCCUGGCCCUGCAGGACGGCGGCCGCUGCCUCCACGGCGCCGUGGCCUCGGAGUUCUUUCGCAUCCGGCGGCCCCAGGGCGCCCUGUUCACCAUGGACAGCAUCCGGCAGCUGCAGUCGGUGCUGUUCGAGGUGGAGGUGCUCAACGUCAAGGACAAGCAGGCCGACAGGGCGAGCACCACGAGCGCCUGCAUCCUGCUCAAGGGCCAGAUGCUGUACCUGGAGGACACCAAGUGCAUCGUCUUCCUCUGCUCCCCGCUGGUGAGCGACCUCUCGGAGCUGGCGGCGCAGGGCCUGUUCCUCAACGACCUGAACCUGCACGGCCUGAGCCGCGAGAUGGUGAUGGAGGGCUGGCACCAGUGCGCGCGCCUGGAGCUCAUGUGCGAGCGCGCCGAGCAGCACUCGACGCAGCUGCAGGACAGCCUGCGCCUGCUGGACCAGUGGCGGCGCCGCGGCGACGAGCUGCUCUGCUCCAUGAUCCCCCGCACCGUGGCCGACCGCCUGCUGGACGGCACCGGCGCCAGCAGCGCCCUGGACACCUGCCAGGCCUUCGACGCCGUCACCGUGCUCUUCUGCGAGCUGCUCGACGUGGACCGCGGCGAGCAGGCCGACACGGCCGAGGUGGUGGCCGAGAAGGUCAAGACCAUCAACCAGGCCUUCUCGCAGUUCGACCACCUGCUCGACGACCACCACGUGUACAAGGUGGAGACGGUGGGCCAGGUGUACAUGGUGGUGAGCGGCGCGCCCGAGCCGCACCGCGACCACGCCGUGCACGCCUGCAGGGUGGCGCUGGGGCUGCAGCGCUGCGCCCGCAGCCUACGGCAGCCCGUGCGCAUCGGUCUACACUCCGGGCCCGUGGUGGCGGGGGUGGUGGGCCUCAAGGUGCCGCGCUACUGCCUCUUCGGGGACACUGUCAACACGGCCGCCAGGAUGCAGUCCAGCAGCCUGUCGGGGAGCGUCCAGCUGUCGGCCGCCACGCAGUCCCUGCUGAAGGGCGAGGAGUUCAGGACCAUGCCGAGAGGGCAGGUUUGGGUCAAGGGAAAGGGACUAAUGAGCACCUUCUGGCUCCUGCACGGCGAAGAGGAGGCGGGGGUGGAGUCCGAGGACGAGUAGCAACGCCUUGCAACACCACCG